GUCGACAACGGACAAAUUCUCUUCAGCCGACAUGAAUGAAUAAAUAGAAGCGACAUACGAAACUCAGAAGCACUAGUCGUACCUCCGAUGAUGAGGCUGCUCUCUACGACAUUCCGAUCUGUAAAGCCCCGAGCUUUGAACCCUACCCCUAAUCCUAGUUUAGAAAACCCAGCUUCGUCGUCGAAAUCAGGUACAUGGCAGCCCAAACUGAAUUCAAAUUUGAAACCUGUUUCAAAAUCAUGGUGCGUAUACCUAAUUGUUUCCACCAACGCCCCCAUCAAAACCUAUGUUGGCGCCACAAACGAUUUCUCUCGCCGUUUGAAGCAACACAAUGGGGAACUUAAAGGGGGAGCAAAAGCAUCCCGUGCAGGAAGGCCAUGGGUCUGUGCAUGCAUAGUUCAUGGUUUCAACAACCAAAGUGAAGCUUGUGAGUUUGAAUCAAAGUGGAAAACAUGCUCAAGAAAAUUGCCCCGCAAAUGGAAGAUUGAUGACUCAACAAAGCUGUUUGAACUAGGCUCACUACCAUUAUUGCAACACAGGCAAGCGGCUCUGAAUAGAGUUAAAGGUUUGUUGGAUUGCAGUCACUUAGAAAUAGACUGGCAAGUUGAACCCCUCAUAGUUUAGCAUCUACCACAAUUUUGACUAUUAACUUAAAUUUUGUGCUCUGAUCUGAAGUGCUGAUAAAAUGAGAUGCUGUAAAAUCAGGAUGAUGAGUUGUCAUUGGUUCAAAAUCAUUGAAUAUCUGAUGCUAAUUGUUGUAGGAUAGGAUGGUUCCCGAGUGGUGCUGAAAGAGAUGCUUAAAGUCUAUAUUAUCGAUCAUUAUUUGGAUUAUCAAUAUCUCUUUGUAUAUGUACUUAAUAAAGAUGAUGCAUCUAUGUAUUAAUUUUUUUUAAUGGUAGUCAUUAGCCAUCAAUGUCUUAUUUGUAUAUGAAGAAUUAGUCUAAAUUAAUUCUUUGAUGGCUU